CUGCUAAAAGCUCUCGUCUUCCUAAUUCAACCUCCGUGCUGCUGCUGCUGCUGCUGCUUCCCAAUUCAAUCGAGGAGGAGCAUUCGAACCCAGAGAAAUGGCGCUUCGAUUCGACAUCUCCCUCUCGCACCGCCUCCCCAGCCUCCCUUCGUCCUCGAAGUCGAAUUCCUCCCCCCUGUUCCCGUCGAUUCCGAUGCCCUCGCGGUCCGUCCGGCGUCGCAUCCAAGGCGUCGAGAUCGGGUUCAACAGGGGAUGGAAGUGCAGCCGGAUCAGUUGCAUUGUUCAGGGUGAAGGAACAGCCGCUCGUGAAGUGGUGAAAGAGAAGAGCGUCUCGGUGGUUCUUUUGGCUGGUGGAAAAGGGAAGAGGAUGGGGGCAAGCAUGCCAAAGCAAUACCUUCCACUCUUAGGACAACCAAUUGCCUUAUACAGUUUCUUUACUUUCUCUCAAAUGAGUGAAGUGAAAGAAAUUGUAGUUGUGUGUGAUCCGUCCUACAGAGAUGUAUUUGAAGAUGCUAGCAAAGACAUAAGGGUAGGUAUUAAGUUUGCCCUUCCAGGCAAGGAGAGACAAGAUUCUGUCUUCAAUGGUUUUCAGGAAAUCGAUGGAAGCUCAGAACUUGUGUGUGUUCAUGAUUCAGCUAGACCUUUGAUUACUCCUAAAGAUGUCACGAAGGUCAUGCAAGAUGCUUGGACGAAUGGUGCAGCUGUUCUAGGUGUUCCUGUAAAAGCUACAAUUAAAGAGGCAGACAAUGACUCCUUUGUGGUGAAAACACUCGAUAGGAAAACUCUCUGGGAAAUGCAAACUCCACAGGUUAUCAAGCCUGAUUUGUUCAGAGCUGGCUUUGAGCUGGUUAACAGAGAUGGACUUGAAGUCACUGAUGAUGUCUCUAUUGUGGAACAUCUUAAGCACCCUGUCUACAUAACUGAGGGUUCUUACACAAACAUCAAGGUUACAACCCCAGAUGAUCUUCUACUGGCAGAGAGGAUACUGAACAUGGAAGCUGGAGUGCCUGCGUAAUCACAAGGAAAUUGUUAUUCAAAUUUUGUUUGACCUGAAAUUUCAUUGUUUUUUAAUAAUAAAAUCUAGAAACCAGUUUAAAAUUGCUUGUUGUUGACCGGACAUUCCACACAACAAUCAAUCGUCAAGUUUAUUGUAUCCUAUUCAUUACAUAAUUAAGAUCGUGCCUUGUGAUGAUCUGGGUUUACA